GCCAUCUUGACAAGAGUGAGGGAGGUAGGCGCUGUUCAAGAUUUCACUUCGGUGAAGUGUAAAAUAGAGACGGUGUAUUCUUGGAAAUGUGUUCCGUUUACCAUUUAAACGAGUGUUAGUAUUACAUCAUUUUAAGUUUGUGUGUCAAUUAGGAAGAGGAGACCUGUUCCACAUGAUGUCUUACAAACUUGUCCCAACGUAGAGGGGUGUUGUAGCUAGCUAGCUAGCUCGACUAGUGGAGGGGUACGGGCCCGCCUCAGACUAAAGUAGCUCCUACAGCUGGGGAACUCUAUCUGCGACAGCGGCCUUCUGACAACUACGGAGUCGGGACAUUACUGGGCAGGCCGGUUCGGACGGAUCAAAGCUUUGGACCAGUUAUUGAGUUGCUUAGUUUGGUAAACGCCGCAUUCCUGUACAGUUGGGUGUUGGAUGUUAUGAACUCGUAAAAUGCAACAGGAGACGAGAGGAGGAAGGAUGACUCAUUCUCAUCUUGUUAAUAGUUAGAAAAACUGAAAUCAAUGCAAAUACGCUAUUUCAGAUAGUCAUUUAAUAGCUGAUAUUAGCUCGUUCGCUUUAAACGCAAGACAUUUUGCCCGGAGUUGUUAACGCAGGCUCUCAAAAUGUCUAAAAUGCCGGCGAAAAAGAAGAGCUGUUUUCAGAUCACAAGUGUGACACAGGCUCAGGUCGCAGCCAAUAGUGCCACAGACGAUACCGAGAGUCUGGACGACCCAGACGAAUCACGGACUGAAGACGUGUCGUCGGAAAUAUUCGACGUGUCCCGGGCGGACUACGAACCGGAGGUAUGUGAGCGAAGUUCGUCCGAAGAAACCCUAAACCAUGUAGGGGAGCAAGAGGCAAGUAGCGUAAUGGCACCGCCGCUUAGUAUACCUCAAGUUGGCCAGUUAGAUGCAAUGUCUGGGCCUUCAAAUGGGGGGUUUUCUAUUCGAAAGGUGGGAGUGGCAGGCUCGCCUAGUGUUAGCCAGCAAACUCCGGGAACUGGUUUGCCAGGCAGCCUCCCUCCUAUCACUCAGUCUGGGCUCUUGCAACAGCCGACCACAACGGCAAGUGUGGGGGAUAUCAACGUGUUAGUGAGCGUGUCCCAGCCAGCAGUGGCUACUGCAACCCCUACUUCGACUACAUCGACUACGAGUUGCAGCUCACGCUUCAGGGUCAUCAAACUUGAUCACAGUACCGGAGAACCCUUCCGAAAAGGCCGGUGGACUUGCACUGAGUUCUAUGAGAGGGACUCUGAGGGUAACUCCGUGGUUACCAGGACUACGGAAAACAUUAGGCCCGCCCACACGUUUGACCCCAGUGCCGACAGGGACAGCGGACUUGGCUUUACGGGCGGCUCAGUGGUCACCCCCGCAGCUCUCUCCGGCCAGGGCCUAGACUUCACAGCAGACGCACUGGACCCACUGGAACAGCAGCAGCUUCUCCCCCCAAUUUACAGUGCGUUUCCCCUACACGUUGGAACAGCCACGCCCAGCACUUUCCCCACCCACAAACCCAUGGUUGCACCGGCUCAGCAACCGCUGCGGGGUAGUGUCCUGCCCAAUGCCCACCUCCUCCCAGUGGGGCUCAACAGUCUGCCUCAAAGUGGGCUCCACAAACAGAAAUCCCCUGGCCUGCCCCAGGCAGCCCAGACCCAGCCGCUGGCCUACCCCACACAACAGCAGCUUCCACUGGGACACCACCUGCCGAACCAUCCCCCAGGCCUGGCCCAGAACCAGACAGACUACUACCAGCAGCAACCGCCUGGCAUGGGGGCGGUGGUGGUGUCGGCUGGCCAGACCCUCCCUGUGGCCGGCCUGUAUCCGUGUCAGGGUUCGGCGCCGGUCAUGACGCCAGCCACUGGAGCCCCGGUGCCAGGGGAAGUGGGUGGAGCUUGUCCUUUACCCGUUACCCAUCCUGCUCCAGAUCUGACGGUCGGCGGGCUGGGAGGGGUCGCUGUCUCCGUACUGCUGGGUGGAGGCUCUGCUCUGCAGCAGUCUUCGGGGCAGUAUGCGCCCCAGCCCCCCGGCCUUCAUGCCGUGCCUCCCAGUGCCCAAAACGUGCCUACAACUGUAAUGGCGGUGCCCACCACCGUUCCCAGUGCCUCCAGCAUGGCAGCCCCGACCGCCAUGCCGAACCCGGCCGCCUCCAUGCUGCCCGGACAGCCGGGCCCUGCGGCCCGAAACGGCGGUGGGCAGCAGGUCCUUCCGGUGACCGGGUUCGGCCAUGCGGAGGAGGGCGCUGGGAAGCCGGAGGGCCUCGCGCCGGCCCAGUCUCCGGCCGUGCCUGAGAAAAACCUGAAGGUUCCGGAGACCCUGCAGUUGGCCAACAACCCCUCUGUGAGCAGUCUGUUCGGAAUACCCAUUCCAGUGGAUGGGGAUGAGGACAGGAACCCGUCCAUGGCGUUCUACCAGGCCCUCCAGUCUGGCAGCAGGCUGCGGGACUCUAAGAUCCACAGUGAUAGUGCCUCCGGAGCCAGUGUUGUUGCAAUCGACAACAAAAUAGAACAGGCAAUGGACCUGGUGAAGAGCCACCUGAUGUACGCGGUGCGCGAGGAGGUGGAGGUGCUGAAAGAGCAGAUAAAGGAGCUGUUUGAGAGGAACUCCAUGCUGGAGCGGGAGAAUGCUGUGCUGAAGUCCCUGGCCAACAGUGACCAGCUGUCUCAGCUCUCUGUCCGUCCGGCCGCCACAAACCCCUCGAGUGGCACGCCUCCCCAGCAAGGAGCAGGCCAAGGCCAGUUACAGUUGCAGGCUCCACAGCCAGCGCAGCCUUUGCCCCAACCUCAGCCCCAGGUCCAGCCCCAACCUCAGCCCCAGGUCCAGCCCCAACCUCAGCCCCAGGUCCAGCCCCAACCUCAGCCCCAGGUCCAGCCCCAGGUCCAGCCCCAACUUCAGCCCCAGGUCCAAACCCAGCUGGACACCAGCCUUCCCCAGCCUUUGAAGCCACCGCAGCCCAACGUCAACUCGGUUUGAAGUGUGCCCUCACUCUCGCCACGAAAGGAGAGGUGUGUGGGGGGGGUGGGGUGAAUAUUUGAAAUGAGCAUCCGGCGUAUCAACAAAACAUGUUUUUCACCACCAGCUUGACCACCACAACCGAGAGUAGCGCUUUUGUGUGUGCGUGCGUGCUGUUUGACUUUCCCAGUGUUAAUGCAAUCAUCAUCGAUAAAGAGACAGAACAAGAUACAUUUAAAGAGGAGAGAGAGAGAGCAUGGGGGGGUCGUUCCCACGGGACACCAUGCUUUAGCUGGGACAGGCUUAAACGCUGGAUGGGAGCCUCUGGACCUAAUGCCCCCCCCCCCAGGAUGCUGAAGACUGCUGCAGCUCACAUCUGAAGACUAAUCAGAGCGUCCGGGAGAAUUAUUAUUUUUUUUUUAAAGAGAGUGUCCAGCUGGGAAAGGGUUUAUUUUUAGCCUAGCUGUUUUGUGUUGUGAGUAAGAAGUGGGAGAGAGAUCUAUUUUCGGAAGCACGCCGCCAUUUCUUCAGCAUGAGUCCAAUCCAUGCCUAAGUCUAAAGUUCUACUGUUGAUGUUUAUUUAUUACGGGGCUGCUAUUUUCAUAAAGGAACAAUGACACAAACCUGUUUAAAAAAAAAAAUUAUCUAAAAAAAAGCAAGCAAUGAGAGCCUUUUUUUUUUCUUGAAUACAUUUUGUCAUUACAGUAUUUAAAGUGAUGGGCCGUACAACGAACGGGCAGUGUCCCACAUUAACCAGUUGAAUAUGUAGGCAAUAAUAAACUCUUGACAUAUGUCUAACACUAAACGGGCAGUUUUACAGUGGAAUUGUUUAUCCGCAACCGGUCAAGAUCCAGUUUGAAUGUACAUUUUGUAAAGACUGUAAAGUAUUAAGAACAUGGCAACAUUUGUAAAGGUUAAUGCCAACAUCUAUGACAGGAAAUCUGAAUGGGAAUCCACGGCGGGCUAUUUUGAUGAAGACAACUUCCAAUCGCUCAUUUCUUUUGUCUCAAAGAAAUUGAAAGUUUAUUGCCAUACAUCCCUGCCUCUACUCAUGUUGUCUUGUGUUUUGGGGGUGGGGGGUGGAAAAGCUGUGAAGUCGUUUAAAAACCUACUUUGUAACCAAAGAUGCAAAGCUGUGUAAUUCUAUCAUUAUUUUGUAAUGCACACUUCUAUGUAUUUUUUUUUUUUUGUUUGUUACUUUUUCUCCUUCACAACAAAAUAUUUUUGUUGCUGUUUAGCAUGUUCUGCAUGAUCUGUAACCUUCAAACCACUUUCUUACCUCAUAUUUUUAUUCAGCACUCGUAGUGUAAGAUAUUAGUCUGUGAACAAUGUAAAUGGUGAAGACAUGGAGACAGAGAGCGAGGUUUUUGGUUGAGCAAAGUCAAACUAGCGCUACAGACACUGGCUGCAUAAAAUGAAGUGAGCCAUGUUUUGUUCAUUUAAAUGGUGUUUGAAUUUCAUAUGCCAUUAGUUUUGUUACAUUGCAAAUUUUAAUGUAUUUAAAUAAAUGCAAUAUUCAGAUU